UCUCGAAACGUGACGAUGCAACGUGCAGAGGACGCUAAUGACGCUUACGCGAAAAAAAUAGUACCGUCAAAUUUGUUCAAAACGAGCGAUGAGAGACGACGAAUUGUUGACCGAAACGCAAGAGAUUUCCGACAUCGUGCCGAACAUGGAGUUAACCAUCGACCCAGAGAAACAGAGGUUUCCGUUCUGCAUAGUCUGGACACCGUUACCGAUACUGACAUACUUUUUACCGUUCAUCGGUCACAUGGGCAUCGCCACUUCUACCGGCGUGAUUCGAGAUUUCGCUGGUCCUUAUCAUGUGUCCGAGGAUAACAUGGCGUUUGGGAAACCUACGAAGUACUGGCAAUUGAACCACGCCAAAGCCAAAGGCGGUGUUCGAGGCUGGGACUCGGCCGUUGCGGAAGCUAGUGAGAUUUACAAAACUAGAAUGCACAAUCUAUGUUGUGACAACUGUCACUCGCACGUUGCCACAUCGCUUAAUCUGAUGUGCUAUGAUAAUUCGAGUAGCUGGAACAUGGUAAAGCUAGCGUUCCUUAUGCUCGUGCACGGCAAAUACGUGAGCUUUCUUGGAUUUCUCAAAACAUGGGUGCCAUUCUUUCUUCUCGUUGCGAUUGUAACCUUAUUUAGUUUAUUCGUACGGUAAUUUGAGUACUGCAGCUACCUGAUAAAUAGCCGCUGCUUAACAGCACGGUGUCUGAACGGUAUCGGAUCGUCGUCGAAUUUUUAACAUAGGUGAGUAUGCUCGUACUAUCGUUUGUAAAAUAGAUAAUUGAAUAUAUUGAUGCCGUUCAGGUGCCGUGCUGUUAAGCGGAUGACAGCCUUUCGAAGCGGGAAACCAUCGAAUGAAAAUAGCCAGCCAUUUGGUAACUUGAACUUUAUUACAAACGUGUGUCGACGCUCUAAACACUCACAUUACAAAUACACAAUGUCGUGACACUUACAAAGUAAACUUAACGUAUCGAAACAUUAUUCGCUAUAUAUUACGAUACAGGCGUAUCGAGUCGUAUCGUUCCUUUUAAGAAAUAAACUUGUACUCGAGUUUUAUCGAGUACUCGAGUA